UCACCCCCGAGUCUUCUUCCUUGAUACCCUAAAGCGCAGCAAAGCUAUAAACGACGAAGAAAGCUUUAGAACCAUUGGUAGAAGUGUCCUACAACUCUGGUUGUUGUAACAAAACUAUCCGAGCGCUCUCAGGAAUCAUACCCAAGGCUACUUCAGUUGCGCAUUUUCACUCCCUGCUGGGCGUGAGAGCACAGCUUUACCGGAAUAGGAGUUCUGAGGAUUAGAGCAGAACCGCUACAUUAACGACGACGUCCGUCGCUCUUUACUACUAUCACAAUGUCCGCACCAUACGUCUACACACCCCAUCCGUCCAACCUACCUACCCCCUACAUGAACAGCUACGCCCAAUAUUCUCCAUUCAUUCCCGACGCGAAUCUAUACCCCCCUUCUCCGUACAGUAACCCCAGCUCUCUCCCUGCAUCACCCAACCACGGCCCAUCAGCCCUCCCAAACCCAAACCCAGUCCCCAGUCCUUUUCAAGUCAAUUUUCCUAGUAACGACCCAUUCGGCUCACCCGGUUCACCAUGGAAUGCUCCUUACCGUGCACGCCGCCCUUCCUGGCACGGUAAUGUGGACAACGUGAACCCAGGCUGGCUAUCAGCUCCUCCGAUGGGUCACCAGCGAACCCGCUCAUUCGGCGACCACGCCGGCUUCCCCGGGUUCAACCAACAACCACCCGUAGGCCAGGGCUCCUUCUGGCCCGCCGCCUCGCCUUCAUCUCCCUACUACCCAGUCUACCCCUCCAUCUCCUCCCCGCGCCUCCAAAUCCAUCCAUACCUAAACGGCGAAUCCCCACGCGGAGAUCUGAUGUUCGACCUCUCCCUAGCCACAUUCGCCCCAAUCCGAUACUUGGGCCCAGGCCAAUCCGCCUUGCUCUCCGCGGACGAGCUCAACCAACCCGCCACGCACCCGCCCAUUAACCGUUUACAAAUCAUAUGCGACCUCAUCCCGCAGUGGCCCAUUAACCUCGAAUACAACGCCCCAACCAACGGGCUUCCGCCCCCUAUUACGGUGUACGAUGUCAUGUUGGCCGUAUGGCAGAACUUGCAAGUCGGGAUCUCGCAUGUUGAUUGGGCAAAGUUGAGUAUGGGGGAGGAGACGCAGGUGGCGAGGGCUUAUACGAGGAGGUGUAGGACUGCUGCGACUCAGGAGAUGAUGCUUAGGGCGCAGGGGGUGAAGAAGGUUGAUUUUUUGUUGGAUAAGGUUCAUUUCAAGGGGUUGUUGAGGAUUGGGGACUCAUAUGAGCAGAUGCGGUUGGUUGUUGCUUAGAUGGAGGCUUGGCGGGAACAUUCGACGUGUUUGUUAUCUGUCAUGUAUAUAGCUUGCUUCACGAUUGUUUUUUGACGACUUGU